AUGACUCUGAACUCUGAAGGAACUCCCGGUCAUAAUACGUUCGUGUUAUCAGCGCCCGAUACAGGCCAAACUGAAGCAGUAGAUAUGGCAGAGAUCUCUCCCUCCCCGGGGAUCUUCGACCCUAUGGAACACUUUGACUGGGUAAGUGCGCCCCGACAGAUAUAUGUUGUUGCAGAGCUCAUUGGCCUUUUGAAAGGCAUCUUGGGAUACGUCCCUACAGGAAAACGGGAUCUAUUUGCAACUUUCAUCAAACGAUAG